AUGCGCUACGCCCAUAAGCCGUACCCCUUUGCCUCGCGCCCCGCCGAGCGCUGGAUCGGCUUCCUCCCCCUCUACCACGCCUACGGCCAGCUCUACACCAUUCUCAUGGCCAUUCGGCUGCGCGUGCCCGUCUACGUGAUGCGCGAGUUCCGCUACGAGGACUUCCUCGCCGCCAUUGGCCGCUAUCGCAUCACGAGCCUGCAGGUGGCGCCGCCCAUCCUUGUCAUGCUGUCGAAGCGCCGCGAGACGGCGCGCUACGAUCUCAGCAGCGUCCGCGACGUGCUCUGCGGUGCGGCGCCACUGUCGCGCGAGCUGCAGAACGAGUGCCAGCGCCGCUUUGGCGUCCAGAUCAACCAGGGCUGGGGUAUGACGGAGGUGACCUGCGGGGCGCUGCACGUGCCGGGCGGUAUCCGUGACGACACGGGGAGCGUCGGCCAACUUGACCCCAACUGCGAGAUGCGGCUCGUCGACGACGACGGGCGCGAGGUCGGUGUUGGGCUGCCUGGGGAGAUGGUCGUUCGAGGGCCCAACGUCUGUCUAGGCUACUGGCGGAACGAGGCCGCGACGAAGGAGUGUAUCGACAGCGAGGGCUGGCUGAAGACGGGGGACAUUGCCGUCUGCGACAAGAAAGGGUUCUUCUGGAUCGUCGACCGAAAGAAGGAGCUCAUCAAGGUCAAUGCGCUGCAGGUAGCGCCAGCUGAGCUGGAGGCCGUUCUUCUCGAGAACGAGCAUAUUGCAGAUGCGGCGGCGGUAGGCAUCACGGUCAACGGGGAGGAGAAGCCGAGAGCCUACGUCGCCAUUCAGGAGGAUUCAAAGGGCAAGGUCACGCCGGCGGACGUUGCGGAAUGGAUCACGACGCGCGUGGCCAAGCACAAGCGGUUGACUGGUGGGGUCGUGUUCGUGGAGGAGGUGCCCAAACUGGCAAGCGGCAAGAUUCAGCGCAAGACAAUGCGCGAGUGGGCCAAGAGGGAUGCGACGGCGAUUGAGGCCGCCAGCCAACAAGAGAGGGUGAGGCUGUAG